AUGUCAGCCGUCGCAACAAAAAUCGUUGGAAAACACAAUCUCAGCCCCAAGAUGAGUGUGACCGAUCUCAGUCAAUACACUUCAGAGUUUCUCGAGAAUCUUACUGAUGAUAGAAAGCGGAAUCAGGCACGCAGACGCCUUCGGGAAGGAUUCAAAUUUAGCAGUGAACAGGUAGGUGUAUUAAUACCUAAUCAGAGGGGUGGGAAAAAUAAAACUAUAAAUUUAGUUGAAGGUAGUUAUAGAAUAGCUGUAGCUAAGAUCCCAAAAAGUUCGGAAGAAGAGAUUAUCAGAGAGAUAACUAAACGAAUCUUACAGAAUAGAUAUGGUUUUAGUGAAGGCCAAGUGGAUGACUUAUUUGCUUUGCAAAGCGACUUACGUCACCUCUCUAUUCAGGAAAAUGUCCAACCCAAAAGCAAAACCACGCACAAAGUACCCUGUUCCGCAGUAAACAUUGUUAUUUCUAAGAGACAAAAUCUCCUUUCUUCGAAAGAUCGGGUCCCACAAGAAACAAUUGGAGAGAUGGCGCAUCGGCUUUUACGGGAUAAGCUUAGUAUUCGGGAUAUAAGAGCUGAAGCCCACGCCUUAGCCCUAUCAGCAAAAAAUGCCAAUGCUGGUUCGUCACGUCUUUUCCGACUCCGGAGAGAAUUAAAAAGCCUUGGUGCUUUACCCACAAUAAUCGAUGCUACAAAAUUUCCUGACAUUACGGAAAAAGCCAACGAAAUCCAGAGGGAUAAUCGGGAAAAGGCUGAAGCUAAUCGUAUCGACUAUCCGGAUGAAUUUACAUUAGAAUCGGUCAAAGAGAGAUUAGAUGCGUAUGAUUUAAAAACUUCACCCGAUUAUUUGGCCCUUGCUGAUGUUAUGAUAAUGCUUUGUAUCCGACCCGCUGAACUUAUAACUUUACGCAUUACAGACUCUGGAGUAACAGGUUAUGCGAAGAAUCGAGGCCAGCCUGACAUCCCUCGAAAAUUUAGAUCUAUGGAGAAGAACCAAGAACGGGCUAAGGAAUUACUAAACUGGUGUCGGAUCACUUACAACUUCAGCAAACAUAUCGGCUUUAGAAUAAUCGUUUUCUCGCAUGGUCUCGUCGAAAAG